AUGUCGGAGAAGGAUUUUUCUUCCACCUUGGGUUGGAAGGGGGACCAUGAAGACCAACGAGCCCAACCGUUGACCCAACGCUGCCAAAAACCCCAUGUCCUUGGACGGGAUCUCCCAUUUCUCACCCCAAAAUGGGUUGGAAGGGACCUUGAAGACCAACGAGCCCAACCGUUGACCCAACGCUGCCAAAAACCCCAUGUCCUUGGACGGGAUCUCCCAUUUCUCACCCCAAAAUGGGUUGGAAGGGACCUUGAAGACCAACGAGCCCAACCGUUGACCCAACGCUGCCAAAAACCCCAUGUCCUUGGACGGGAUCUCCCAUUUCUCACCCCAAAAUGGGUUGGAAGGGACCUUGAAGACCAACGAGCCCAACCGUUGACCCAACGCUGCCAAAAACCCCAUGUCCUUGGACGGGAUCUCCCAUUUCUCACCCCAAAAUGGGUUGGAAGGGACCUUGAAGACCAACGAGCCCAACCGUUGACCCAACGCUGCCAAAAACCCCAUGUCCUUGGACGGGAUCUCCCAUUUCUCACCCCAAAAUGGGUUGGAAGGGACCUUGAAGACCAACGAGCCCAACCGUUGACCCAACGCUGCCAAAAACCCCAUGUCCUUGGACGGGAUCUCCCAUUUCUCACCCCAAAAUGGGUUGGAAGGGACCUUGAAGACCAACGAGCCCAACCGUUGACCCAACGCUGCCAAAAACCCCAUGUCCUUGGACGGGAUCUCCCAUUUCUCACCCCAAAAUGGGUUGGAAGGGACCUUGAAGACCAACGAGCCCAACCGUUGACCCAACGCUGCCAAAAACCCCAUGUCCUUGGACGGGAUCUCCCAUUUCUCACCCCAAAAUGGGUUGGAAGGGACCUUGAAGACCAACGAGCCCAACCGUUGACCCAACGCUGCCAAAAACCCCAUGUCCUUGGACGGGAUCUCCCAUUUCUCACCCCAAAAUGGGUUGGAAGGGACCUUGAAGACCAACGAGCCCAACCGUUGACCCAACGCUGCCAAAAACCCCAUGUCCUUGGACGGGAUCUCCCAUUUCUCACCCCAAAAUGGGUUGGAAGGGACCUUGAAGACCAACGAGCCCAACCGUUGACCCAACGCUGCCAAAAACCCCAUGUCCUUGGACGGGAUCUCCCAUUUCUCACCCCAAAAUGGGUUGGAAGGGACCUUGAAGACCAACGAGCCCAACCGUUGACCCAACGCUGCCAAAAACCCCAUGUCCUUGGACGGGAUCUCCCAUUUCUCACCCCAAAAUGGGUUGGAAGGGACCUUGAAGACCAACGAGCCCAACCGUUGACCCAACGCUGCCAAAAACCCCAUGUCCUUGGACGGGAUCUCCCAUUUCUCACCCCAAAAUGGGUUGGAAGGGACCUUGAAGACCAACGAGCCCAACCGUUGACCCAACGCUGCCAAAAACCCCAUGUCCUUGGACGGGAUCUCCCAUUUCUCACCCCAAAAUGGGUUGGAAGGGACCUUGAAGACCAACGAGCCCAACCGUUGACCCAACGCUGCCAAAAACCCCAUGUCCUUGGACGGGAUCUCCCAUUUCUCACCCCAAAAUGGGUUGGAAGGGACCUUGAAGACCAACGAGCCCAACCGUUGACCCAACGCUGCCAAAAACCCCAUGUCCUUGGACGGGAUCUCCCAUUUCUCACCCCAAAAUGGGUUGGAAGGGACCUUGAAGACCAACGAGCCCAACCGUUGACCCAACGCUGCCAAAAACCCCAUGUCCUUGGACGGGAUCUCCCAUUUCUCACCCCAAAAUGGGUUGGAAGGGACCUUGAAGACCAACGAGCCCAACCGUUGACCCAACGCUGCCAAAAACCCCAUGUCCUUGGACGGGAUCUCCCAUUUCUCACCCCAAAAUGGGUUGGAAGGGACCUUGAAGACCAACGAGCCCAACCGUUGACCCAACGCUGCCAAAAACCCCAUGUCCUUGGACGGGAUCUCCCAUUUCUCACCCCAAAAUGGGUUGGAAGGGACCUUGAAGACCAACGAGCCCAACCGUUGACCCAACGCUGCCAAAAACCCCAUGUCCUUGGACGGGAUCUCCCAUUUCUCACCCCAAAAUGGGUUGGAAGGGACCUUGAAGACCAACGAGCCCAACCGUUGACCCAACGCUGCCAAAAACCCCAUGUCCUUGGACGGGAUCUCCCAUUUCUCACCCCAAAAUGGGUUGGAAGGGACCUUGAAGACCAACGAGCCCAACCGUUGACCCAACACUUCCAAAAACCCCCACGUCCCUGGACGGGAUCUCCCAUUUCUCACCCCAAAAUGGGUUGGGAGGGACCUUGAAGACCAACGAGCCCAACCGUUGACCCAACGCUGCCAAAAACCCCACUUCCCUGCACGGGAUCUCCCAUUUCUCACCCCAAAAUGGGUUGGAAGGGGGACCUUGAAGACCAUCGAGCCCCCAUGACCUACAGGAGUCUCACGAUGGGAGUCACCUCCCAGAGGUCACCAGCUCUUUGCCCGGAAAAACAUCUCCAAAACCAAGGAGGAGGUUUUGAGGUUCUUCAAGGGAACCUUUUUGAGGUUCUUCAAGGGAACCAUGAGGUUCUUCAGCAGGUCCAUCUCCCUCAAACCUCAACCC